CAACCGGAAGCACGUGCUCCGGCUGCCUCCUCUCCAGUGUACUGUCUGUGGACGUCCUGCUGGUGGGCGCGAUGGCUUUUGCCACUGCUCCAGGGGAGGAGGAUGGCAUGGACGAGUUCAUCGAACAGUUCAAGGGGAAGAAGUACAAAGAUGGUUUCAACGAGGAUAAUUGGGAAGAGGAUUUUGACAAAAUUCCGAUGUUUAUGAAAAAGGCACCAGAAGAACUUGAUCCAAUGGAGCAUCCAGAACUUGCCUGCAUCCAAACUAUAUUGUAUGAUGAGGAUCAAUCUCCAGAAGAACUUGCAAAAACAUACAAGAAUGAAGGAAACCAGUACUUCAAGGAAAAGAAUUAUAAAAAAGCAGUCGUCUCUUACACAGAGGGUCUGAAGAGGAAAUGUUCUGACAUGGAGCUAAACGUUAUACUUUAUACAAACAGAGCCGCGGCACAGUUUUACCUGGGUAAUAAUCGAUCAGCAUUAAAUGAUGUGAUUGCAGCUCGGAAACUGAAACCAAAUCAUUUGAAAGCAAUAAUCAGAGGAGCUCUUUGCUACAGUGAACUUAAGAAUUACAGUAGUGUAAUAGCUUGGUGUGAUGAGGGCCUCCAGCUUGAUCCAAAAGAAAAACAACUUAUUGAACUGAGGGCCAAAGCUGAUAAACAGAAGCGUGUUGAAGAGCGUAAUCUGAGGAAGGCAAAGUUGAAGGAGAAAAAAGAACGAGUGCAAGCAGAGGCUUUACUGAAAGCCAUCCAGGAAAGAAAUAUCAAAUUAUUUCAGCCUCCAGAGCUGUUGAGUCAAAACUCUGACGAUGAAGGUGAUGGAAAGGAGGGUGACAGCAUAUUAAGGGCACUGCACAAUGGAGUAAAUGCUGAGUGUGGCCAGGUAGUACACCUGGAUGAAAAUGGCAGCUUACAUUGGCCUGUACUGUUCCUAUAUCCAGAGUAUGAACAAAUGGAUUUAAUCUCAGCUUUUCAUGAAGAUACCCAGUUUAUUGAUCAUUUAUCAGUAAUGUUUGGUGAGAACUUGCCGCCUUGGGAUACUGAAAAAAAAUAUGAGCCAAAUAAUUUGGAGCUGUAUUUUGAAGAUGAGCAGACUGGAGAUCUUUUCCUUGUGGACCCAGUGUGCACCCUGCGCCAGGUGUUAAGUCAUCCUAGAUAUGUUGUGAAGGCUGGCAAUCCACAAAUUAUCGUUCUGGUUCGAGGUUCAUCGUUCCAUGAAGACUUUCUAUCAGGGAAAAAUCUUCAAGAAAAUUAAAUUGUUUUUAAAUCAAGCCUGCAGUGGGAACUGACUACUUGCAGAAAAUAAAGCGGUCCUAAAACAGUC